AUGGGAUUUCUUUCUGAUGCUAUAUUACUCGUAUUCAUCACAGCGAUUGUAGACUCCAAUGAAGUCAGCGACUGUUCCACAUGCAUCAAAGUCAAUGUAACCUGCUUCAAUGUAUCAUAUCUCUUCGACAUCCAGGCUCCGUUUAGGAAGACUGUUGUGAUAACGAAAUUGGGAGUACUCAGAUCAACUAACACGUUGUAUUUCAGCUUCGAACCGAACAUAGAUGACAUUGAAUACUCCAAAAUCGGUUUCAUAAGUAUGGAAGAACCAUCAAACACUUCGGUGAUCGGUGCUAAACAGGCCAUGAAUUUUGGUACAUUCGAUUUCGAUCAAGAUAAUGGUCUGGUAUAUUUGGGAGGCAGCGAUGGCAUUUAUGUUUUAGAUACGAACACUCACAGAGUUGCUCCUUACAGUUCUAGAGGGGAUUCUAUUCUCAGUAUGUUUUAUAGAGGCCAUGUUUAUUUUAUAAGGGACAGAGAAUACAAGAUAGUCAAAAAGAAGGGGGAUAAUUUUGAUAUACUACUUGAUUAUAUACCAGCGAAAAAUUUUGUUAUAAAUAAAUAUAAUGUCAUUGUUUUUUUGAGUAGACAUGGCUUAUAUGCCUAUAAGAAUAAUGAGUUCGUUCUAUUAUCGAGUAACGCUUUUUUUAGGGGAUUGACUAUUGAUAAUUACGGCGUUAUUUAUGCAUGGUGGGUGGAUGGGAUUUACAAAAUAACUAUCGGUGAAAAUCUUUCUCAAUCUCGAAUAGAUAAGAUUGCUAACACUCCGAUGAUAGGAGCCCUUACCUUUGAUAGUGAUAAUAAUUUUCUUAUCACAGAAGGGAAGAGCCUUUAUCGAUUAACAGAAACAAAUACAACUGUCUGUUAA